CAGUGAAAACCGAUUCGGAAAAUGCCUUGCCCACUCCUACUCCACCUCCUACUCCUGCUGGCCAUCGGGUCCUCCUUCGCCCAAGAUCCGCCUGUGGUAGAGCUCUCCCUGGGGCGCGUUCAGGGCUCUACGAUGCAGAGCUUCCAGGGAAAGACGAUCUACGCCUUCCGCGGCAUACCCUACGCCCAGCCCCCAGUGGGGCAGCUGCGCUUCGCCGCUCCCCAGGCAGCCACUGGCUGGGGGCAGGAGGAGGUCCUCAAGGCCACCUCUGAUUCUCUCGUGUGCCCACAGCCCGGGAUUUCGCUGCUGAUGAGCGAGGACUGCCUCAAGGUGAAUGUUUUCACGAGGAACCUGGACCCCGAGGAGGAUCCUCUGCUGCUGCUGCCCGUGAUCGUGUACAUCCAUGGGGGGGCCAAUGUCCUGGGCAGCGGCCACAGCCUGUACGAGGCGGGGCCGCAGUAUCUGCUGGACCACGAGGUGGUCUUCGUGGCCUUCAACUAUCGCCUGGGGGCCCUGGGCUUCCUGCGCCCUCUGGGCAGCACUGUAACCGGGAACUUCGGAUACUUGGACCAAGUGAUGGCCCUGCAGUGGGUGCGGGACCACAUCGCCCGCUUCGGGGGAGACCCGGAGAACGUCACGCUCUUCGGGAUGAGUGCCGGAUCCAUGGCGGUGAGCCUCCACCUGGCAUCGCCCCUCUCCCGCGGCCUCUUCCAUCGGGCCAUCCUCAUGAGUGGCUCCGCCACGAAUCACUUUGCCAUCGACAAUGUCUACUGGACGCAGAAACUGGCCCGAGAAGUCGGCUGUCCCAUGUACGAGGCCGCGGAUGUGGUCCAGUGUCUGCGCGACGUGGCCUGGACUCGGAUCGUGGAGGUCUGCAAGGCCUGGGAGUCCUUCCAGUUCGUGAAUAUGAAGUGGAACUACGAGAUCGAUGGCCACUUCCUGCCCAGACAUCCCACGGAGCUCCUGGCGGAGGGAAACUUCAGCCAAGUGCCGCUCCUCGUGAGUUUUACGGCCAACGAAUUGGACUACACGGCAAAUGUUCAUUUGGAGAACGAUCCUCUGCUGCACGAUCUUGGGUCCAGUUUCGAGGAGUACGCUCCCGAGUUGUUCCUCUACCAGCCCGACUCCUCCGUCAGUCGCCGCCUCAAGGACUUCUAUCUGGGGAGCAACGUCUCGGAGAUCUCCGCGCACAACAUCGAGCGAUUCGGAAGCAUCUUCUCGGAUGGCAUCAUUGGCCAUGGCAUCCACCGGUUGGUCCAGCUGGCCAGGCGCUUCACCCCCGUCUACUACAUGCGAACGGAUUACGUGGGAAAGCGCAGCCUCUCGGCUCCGACGGACGACCAGGAGCUGCCCCUGGGCGUGGGGCAUGCGGACGAUCUGCAGUACGUGAUGCCCAGCCUCUGGUACGGCACCAUCAUGGCUGAGAAUCACACGGAUCUCUUCAUGAUGAAGCGUUUGACCAAUUGGUUUGCGCACUUUGCACGGACAGGCACACCUCUAUCCCCCAAGGAGGAGCACGAUUACUGGCCGCCCUGCAAUGCCACCGACACGGCUAUGCUCUACAACGAUGUGGCCACAGAGGUGGGUCCGCCUGGCUAUCCCGAACGAUAUGCCGUCUGGGACGAGCUCUUUCCCACGCCCGCCCUGGGCGGGGGCGUGGCCCGGAGGCAGCAGCAGCUAAACAUCGUCGCCCUCGUGGCCAUCGCCUGGGCCACUGGUGUGGCCUCCGGGCUGUGGCUCUUCGGCUCCGCGGCUCUCGAUGGAAAUUAAUGUAGCAAUUAGGUGUGGAAAAAGCUUAUCAAUAGGCCGUUUAGAUUACGCUUAAUGAUGGUCUCUCUCGGUUCGGGUCGCCCCUCCACUCUCCUCCCUCCCCUGUUCGAGGGGGAGCAUUGCAACUAUUUACUUUGAUUAAUUAAUCAACAAAGGCGUGAGAUUUUCCGUGUUUCCAGCUCGACGAGUUCCGUGGCUCUGCCUUCCCUUGGGGCAAUUAGUCUCCGCUUUUUCAGGGGGGGCAGGGGCAGGCGCAGGGG